GCAAAUGGUCCGAGUGACUGGUGGAUUUUGUGAAUGGAGCACUUAGUGACUUGGGAAUGACGUAGUUGGAGUGCAGCAUUCCUUAUUUGUGUGCCAGAUCCAAGGGAUGGCCUCUGAUUGGCUGGCUGGUGGAGCAGAGCUCUGCCAUUGGCCGACGGGAUACAAUUAAACACCUACACGGUCAAUACACAAACCCUUGUGGCGGAUAUAUAGAGUUGUGCCUUGUGGAAGCACGCAGCAGAAGCAAGAGUUAGUCUACGAGUUUAAAUAAGUCGACUUUACUAUUUUUUUUUUCGUUUGGAAGGAAGAUUUCAUACUGCAGGAAACCAUGGUAAUGCUGAAGAUCUCCGCCUUCCUCGUUGCCUACGCCUUGGUCGUGUGUCAGAUGUACAGUUCGCAAGCAGCGCCCAUCAGACCCGGCAUGGAGGCCAUGACGGACCGCGUCGCGCUCACAGACUACGAGGCGCGGAGGCUACUCAACGCCAUCGUCAAGGAGUUCGUCCAGGUGACGGCCGAGGAGCUGGCGCAGCAGGCAGGCGACGGAAACAGCGUGACGGCGCAGAAGAGGGCCUGUAACACGGCCACCUGCGUGACCCACCGCCUGGCGGACUUCCUCAGCCGGUCGGGGGGCAUGGGCAGCAGCAGCUUCGUACCCACCAACGUGGGCUCCAAGGCCUUCGGCCGGCGGAAGCGGGAGAGCCAGAUGUGAGCGCCCCCUGCUGGACCGGCAGGAGCGAGGAGACUGAUCCUUCUCAACACAACAGCCUCACCUUUAUUUUGGGGAAAAGGAACCCUGUGUCCCAUCUACAAACCUCCUUCUCCAUAGAAGAAUGGCCUUCCCACCACAAGACUGAAUUAUUGCAUCUUCCUAGUGUUAUGAAUUUUAUUUAUUUAUAAUUUUGCUUAAGUGAACAAGACAAAAAAAUACCUUUUAUUCUGUAUAUUAUUAACAGAUAAUCACAUCAGUUCUGAAAAAAAAACAUUCAUUUUUACAGAGGCAAAAUCUAUUUGAAAUGCGAAAAAGAAAGAAUCCUGCGCUGGUUAUGUCCUGUCUCCUGUUUUUGGCAUAGAGCACAUCUGUACCAUGUGACCCACGCUCCGUACGCAUCUGAAGCAGCGCACGCGGUAACUCGGGGACGACAUUAAACUCCUGCCUGCAGAGGCAUUGCUGUUAAUGACUGUGUCUCGUGCCUUGAUGUAAAAUCACUUUACAUGACAUGAUUGUAUAGUAUGUUUAAGGCUUAAAGAAGCUAAACGACUCCUGAACAUAACGUUGUAACAAUUGUGAAUUUCAGCAAGAUUAAAAAUGUAUUUUAGAUACA